AUGAGGCCCCUUACCGAGGACGAGACCAAGGCCGUCUUUGAGAAGCUCGCCAACUACAUUGGCAAGAACAUUGUCCACCUCAUCGACCGCGACGAGGAUGACCAGUACUGCUUCCGUCUCCACAAGGACCGUGUGUACUACCUCCCGCUCCCGAUGCUCCACCUCGCGACCUCGGUGGCCCGUCCCAACCUCAUCUCGCUCGGCACCUGCAUGGGCAAGUUCUCCAAGUCGGGCAAGUUCAAGCUCGGCGUGACCGCCCUCGACUGGCUGGCCAAGUACGCCAAGUACAAGGUCUGGGUCAAGCCCACUGGUGAGCUUCCCUUCCUGUACGGCAACCACGUCCUCAAGGCCCACCUCGGCCGUAUCACCGAGGACACUCCCGAGCACCAGGGUGUCGUGGUGUUCUCCAUGGCCGACGUGCCCCUCGGCUUUGGCGCCACGGCCCGCUCGACCAUCCAGACGCGUGACCUCGACCCGGCCGGUAUCGUCGUCUUCCACCAAGCCGAUGUGGGAGAGUACCUGCGAGACGAAGAGACCAUGUUCUGA